UCAUUCUCCCUAGACCUUGCUCCUACCAGAAAUGACGAGUUUCGAACUUUUCACCUCAUCGCCUAUUCUUUGUGCUCUAGGCUUUCUAAUCCUGGUUCUUGUCAAUGUUCAGUUAUCUUUAAGCACUCCUGAUAUGUCAGAAGUUUGUAAACUUCAAUUCAAGUGCGGGGACAUCACAGCUGGUUAUCCUUUCUGGGGAAACGAAGGCGGAACAUACGGUCGCCAACGGUUAUGUGGCCACGAGGAUCUGGAGCUUUAUUGUGAGAAUGAUACGACUAUCAUGUGGAUCAAUCGUGUAGAUUAUCGUGUUUUGAAUAUCAAUGAGUCAGCGCAAGUUCUAAAGAUUGCGAGACAGGACUACUUGAGCGGCUUCUGUCCACCUGAUGAAAAAUUGGUUGACACCACCAUUGACUCGACACUUUUUGAAUAUUCUCCCGGGUAUGAGAAUUUCACAUUACGUUAUGGUGUCCCUUCUGGUCAGAUAACUUGCUCCAUAGAGGAGAUGGAGAAGCACUUCAACUAUAUGGAUGGUUUAAUAUCAAAAGUAGAAUUUGGUCCUAUGAUUAGUUUCACUGUCAAUGUCAUGGUUCUUGAAACUUCACUUCAAGAAGCAAAACGAAGUCUGUCAGGUUUGGAAGAAGCCCUGAAACAAGGAUUUGAAGUGAAGUGGAAAGUGAGUGACAUGGAAUUCUGCUAUAAGUGCAUUCAAUCCGGUGGAAGUUGUGGUUAUCAUAAUAUCGGGAAUCAAACAAUUUGCAAUCGCCCAGAUCAACUUUUUCCCCACUUUCAAGAUCAAGGAGCAAGUGCCUCAAUUUUUAUGGUACUGUUAAUUACUAUACCAAAAUGA